GUUAAACUAACGUAAACAGUUUUCAACAUUUUCCGCGAACACAAAAUCAUAUCUCAAAAUCAACUGUGGUAAAAUUGACAAUUUCAAAUAUGGCUGACAGAUUAACGCAGUUGCAAGAUGCUGUAAAUCAGCUAGGCGAACAUUUCUGCAACAGUGUCGGCGUCAUACAGCAAUGCGCGCCUUCGUCACCGUUUCAAAACUUUGACAAAUCUGGUGGUAAGUCGCCGGUUUCCCCACCCACUGAGGACUAUGCGGCUAUGUUUUCCAAACUGAUAGCUCGGACCGCAAAGGACAUCGACGUUUUGAUUGACUCUUUGCCGAGUAUCGAGUCCUCGCAGGAACUGCAGCUUAAAAGUCUCCAGCAGUUAGAAAUGGAGAACAUGGAAGCCGCCCACAGGCUGGAGGCGGUGGUAAAGCAGGGUGAAGAGUUGCUGCUGAAGAUUCAGGAGGCUCAGCAUGAUAUUGCUCAGGUGCAGCUUCAGUGUCAGGCACUGAUGGGAAACACCACAUGAUAGCUACGCUGUGAGUGUGUCUUAAAAGUGGUUUUUGAUGUUAAACAUUAAGAUCAACACCUUGGACCUACCUUGAUUGAUGAUCAUUGAUGGGAAAUGCUAUAUAUCUACGUUGUGGACAUGGUCAAAGUGCAUUUCAUUUGUCAUGACAAAGGUUCAUGAUGUUAAAACAGGAUGGUCAAAAGCUUGAACUUAACUUGAGCUGUUGACAGUUUCUUCAAGUUCAAGUGAUACUUUUGUUAUGAAAUGGUCUCUAACAAAUGUUUCUGAUUAAUUGCUUCGUAACAAAGUUAGUGAACUUAGAGCACAGUCUUGUUGAACGAUUGAUUACCUUUAAGAGUGUCUGCAAACUUGUGAUGGGAAAAAAACAGAGUGUUUGUUAUGAAUGUGCUGUUUUUUUUUUCAGCUGUGUCAAAAGUACAGAUGUAAACUUUAAGAUUUUUUUCCUUUUUCUUGUCAGGAAAGUUCUUUAUUUAACAGAGGAUGAUGAACUGUAACACAAACUUGGUUUGUUAAUCAUAUGCAUGUGUCAUAAUCCCUGAGUGCUGUUCUAUGAUUUACGCAAGUCAUACAUCAUGAAGGCUGGAUUCUAGUAGAAAUCUGUCAGACUUGGCUAUUGAUGAAUCAUUAAUUGAUUGUAUUGUUGAAUGUUUGCUGUUUUGGCUGACACAGAUAUAUAACAUAAUGAAUAAUAUUGGUCAGAGCUUUCCUUAGACCUCAAAAAUAAAGAGUCAAUGACUCUAGGGACCAUAUUUUAUAGAGUCAAAAUCUAAUUUGUAUGAGUCAUAAUAAUAACGCAAGAGAGACAAUGAUCUUUUGUACUUUAAGCAAAUUACUAAGAUAUAAUAUAUGAAAAGCAACAAAUUAACAAAUAUCUAAACAUUAAUUUCUUAUGUUCCAGGCAAUAAAAGACACAAUGAAUGUAAACAUCAAUUGUGACCAACAUUGUGAGGCUGAGCAUAGUGAAAUCAAUACGAAAAAAACGCUUGCACUGGUACUAACAUAAUAUGUAUCAGGGGUGUCAAUUGUCCCAUAUUCGAAAUCCGGAAAAUUAAGCAGAGAGUUUGAGACCGUAAGAUAAAGGAAAUAGAGGGCAUAGCCAAUCAAGCCCUAGCUAGCUUAGUGUUAUUUUUUAUUGUCUUUAUUAACAUUGAAUGUUGUGUUUUUUUCACAUGGGGACCUGCAGAAAUAACAUGCAUAGGAUGCAUAUUGUUGUGGUUGUUUGAUUUGAGUGUUACAAACUUUACAUGCUUCUUAACAGUUGACACACUAAGACCUGUUCAUUGUCAGAGGAAAACAUUCAAGCAACAUUUAAAUCAUUUUUUAUAGCAGCAGCUGUUGGCCACGUGUAAAGAUAAUUUUGUAUAUUGUCUUUAGUUUAAAUGCAGAACAGGCAUUGUAUAAACACAAUUCUUUAAAAUUCUUGCAGGGAUAUAAAUUGGCAGCAGUCCAAAAACUGUUUUUCUCCAAAAAGUGAUAAUGGGAUAUUUUCUAAGAAAACUAUUGUACUUUUUACAAGAAAAAGUAUUAAAAUAACUAGAGUGACAAUGGGCUUUUGUGGUCAAAGGUAAGUUUUUAUGUCCUACAAUGUGAAGAGAGGAAAUUUGAAUGUGCCACACAAAGUGGCAACAGGCUCUGUUAGCACACAAUAUUAUAACGAUAACUCACAUGGCUAUUUUGUUAUAACAUGAAGAGUUAAGAGUGUACUACAUAACCAUGAACUUGUUAAGGAUAAUGAUUCUAUGUCAAACUAAUUUAUUAAUGAUUACCAAAUGUUUUGUCAAUACAUGAUAUUCAGGUGCCUUACUAGAAACACUAAAAUAUAUUAUUCAAUAUAUAAGUACAUAUAUGUCAUGUUAUGUUAUGCAUGAUCUCCCAGCUUUAUGACAUAUUGUUUCAAUGGUUAUUUUAUUAAGUGGAAAAAGAUGGGAGUUCAGCUACAAUUGAACAUUAUUUUAUCAUAGAGUCCUCUUGAGGUACACUUGAUACACCUGUCAAAAUGAUUGGAUAAUUAGGAGGCUGAGUUUUUCUGGAACAUAAAAAUAACAUUGUGCAAAUCUCUUAAUAACUUGCCUGUAAUAUUCAUUAUAAGUAGCUAAUAGUUAAGGUCAUACUUUGAUAUCUACAUGUAUCAAUGGUCAAUGUCUAGGUUAUACUUUGAUAUCUACAUGUAUCAAUGGUCUAUGUCAUACUUUGAUAUCUACAUGUAUCAAUGGUCAAUGUCAAGGUCAUACUUUGAUAUCUACAUGUAUCAAUGUCAAUGUUAUACUUUGAUAUCUACAUGUAUCAAUUUCAAUGUCAUACUUUGAUAUCUACUUGUAUCAAUGAUCAAUGUCAUACUUUGAUAUCUACAUGUAUCAAUGAUCAAUGUCAAGGUCAUACUUUGAUAUCUACAUGUAUCAAUGGUCUAUGUCAUACUUUGAUAUCUACAUGUAUCAAUGGUCAAUGUCAAGGUCAUACUUUGAUAUCUACAUGUUUCAAUGGUCAUUGUCAUACUUUGAUAUCUACAUGUAUCAAUGGUCAAAUUUGGGCAUUGUACAGAUUUUUCACUUAUUUGUCAUGCAAUAUUAAAAUAACUUAGAACUACUAUGAUGUUUACCAUGUAGAAAUGGUGUGUUGCAUGUAAUUCCCAGGUCCUUUAGUCAAGACCACAGUAGUCAAAGGUCAAAUCUGGGCAAAAUGCAGCUUUUCUGGUCUCGUCCUUUAUCAUUCAUUACAAAAUUUUAAAAAUACACACCACACAUGUUCACUUCGAGGAGACUUCGUCUGACAUGUAAGACCCGUGUCCCUAGCUCGAGGUAAAGGUCACACAUUAUAGAGGUCAAAAAAUACAUUUAUGUGUGAUACUGGUGGUCAACCUCCAGCAAAAAAUACCUGCCAUCAUUACAUACCACGGAAUGAUUGUCAAUUACAAUAUUAGUAUAAAAUAUGAUUUUGAUCAAUUUUUUCACGUGCCCAUGUAAUAUUUGACCAGCUUAAGCUAGAAAUAACUAACCAUUUUAUUUUGCACAAAUCAUAAUUUAGAUCAAGUUACAAGCCAAUUAUCCUUUUAGAUUUUGAAGGUUUUUACUUGUUAUUAUUUGGAACGUUACUGCCACAAAGAAGUUCUCAUAUUGUCUGUCUUGUUUGAAAUGGCCCAGACUGUUGUUUCCUUGUAGGAAGUGUGUCAUGACUAAGUUUGGAAAAAACAAACAAAAACAUGCAGAUAUAACAAGCAUUUUAUUAAAAGUAUACAACAUUGGAUUUUUGUUCCAAAGGCUGAAUAAAUAAAGUAUAAGAGUGCAA